AUGAAUGCGGAAGUAUAUAUUAAUGACAAAAUUGAAGUAAAACGUACAGCAUAUGGCGGCCGGGCAUGUUUUGCUUCAAAUAGCAUGUUAAAAGGCACCCAUCUGUUAGAUUUGUCCCAGUGGAUCGGAUCUAGUAUUUCUCACGAGUUCCGUAAGGAAGUGUGCCAUUUUUGCCUGAAAUAUGACGGUGGUAAACCAAUGAAAGUUAGGAUCAGCUGGGCAGACCUACUGAAAUUAGAUUUGAACUUGUUAAACCAUAAACUAGAGAAGAAGUACAAAGGUAGCGGGCUUUGGUUUUGUACUGAAGAGUGUAAAAACUUCUUCCUAAGUGGACCGAAUAUUGUUGAUCUUAUUUUGAAUUAUGAAAUGAUAUUAACGCAUUUCCAAUCGAUACAGGGUAAAAGCCUGUGCGUGGAAACAGAUACGGAAUUGUAUAAAGACUACGAUAAUAAGCGGAUGCAUCAGGAAAUUGAGAGUUGUUGGAUGGACUUAGAAAGUACUUGGAUGCCUAGAGUUUCCAAAAUGAAACUUGCCAAGGCCACCAACCAACUUCCAGUGAUAGAUGAGGAUCAUUAUUCCUGUAUCAGGUUUGUGAUAGAAUGUUUAUUUAACAUGACACAUUUGGAUCGAAAUAGUGUGAAGUGGAAUACGUGGGAAAAACUUCAGUCAAAUGAAGUGGAGAAAAUAAUGAGAUUCCCUGUUCUACUGGAGUUUCAGAUCAAAGUUUUCAAAUGGGUUUAUACUCUAGCUCCCCAGUAUAGGUAUAUCAUGACAACAUCAGUUUUUAGACAUAUCCUUGGUUCUGAAUAUGGAAACUCAUUUGGCAUUUGGGAGACUUCAGAGUCGGACGAUGAUAGGGAAUAUCUGGGUUAUAUGGUUCAUCCGGAGGCCUCAUAUUUUAACCAUUCCUGUGUGCCUAACGUGGAGAAAAAGAGGGUCGAAAGAGUCUUUCAAUACAUUCUACAAACUGAUGUGCAGAAGGGAGAAGAGCUCUGUAUUGAUUACAAGGGUAUAUUACACCUUGACGUCAACCGGAGAAGGGCAAUAUUGAAGGAUAAUUGGUUUUUUGAAUGCAAAUGUAGUAGAUGCCUCUCAGAGUUGUAA